GGCAAAAAGGGGGUUAAAGCCUAAAAUGGCUACCACACCCCCCUCCUCUUCCGCAUCAUCCUCCUCCUUCUCCUCUUCAUCCUCAUCAUCACCAGCAGCAACAGCAGCAGCAUCAUCAUCACCUCCGAAGCCCAUCCCCUAGCGUCGGUCCGGGGAACGCACCCUGCAUGCGCAGGGGCGGAGAAACUGCCGCUGUGCGCUCGUAUUAUUCUACGAGUAAUUUCUCCUUUUUUUUUUUUUUGUUUUUACGAAAAUGGCGUCUGGUCAGGGAGGUGUAGGAGCUGUCACUGCUCUACAAAACCAUGACUGCCCCAGCGGACCCCACUGGAGCCCGGGUGUCAACCAGUACCACCACCAACAGCAGCACCACCAGCAGCAGCAGCAGCACCACACUGCCCGCAGCCUGGACCGGGCUCUGGAAGAUGCCGUGAGCUCAGGGAUCCUGAACCUGAGCGGCAGGAAGCUGAGGGAGUACCCGGGGAUCAACUACGAUCUCACCGAUACGACACAAGCAGAUCUAUCCAAGAAUCAUCUGGCAGAGAUCCCCCCAGAGGUCUGUCUCUUUGCCCCACUUGAAUCACUCAACCUCUACCACAACUGCAUCAAAUCCAUCCCUGAAGCCAUUAUCAAUCUGCAGAUGCUGACUUAUCUUGACAUCAGCCGAAAUCUCCUGUCGGUUCUACCAAAAUACCUGUUCAAUCUCCCCCUCAAAGUCCUGCUUGUGAGCAACAACAAGCUGGUAUCCAUCCCUGAAGAGAUUGGCAAGGCCAAAGAGUUGAUGGAGCUGGACGUGAGCUGCAACGAGAUCCAGGUCCUGCCAGCACAGGUGGGGAGGCUCCAAGCCUUACGUGAACUCAACAUCAGGAAGAACUGUCUUCACAUGCUGCCCGAGGAGCUGGCAGAUCUUCCUCUCAUCCGACUUGACUUCUCCUGCAAUAAGAUCACAGAGAUUCCUCCAGCUUUCAGGAAACUCAGGCAGCUGGAGUACAUCAUCCUGGACAACAAUCCUAUGCAGUCUCCUCCUGCACAGAUUUGCCUUAAGGGCAAAGUGCACAUCUUCAAGUACUUGAACAUCCAGGCUUGUAGGACGGACAAGAAGCCAGACACCCUGGACCUCCCGACGCUCAGCAAACGAUGUCUUCCACAGCCCCUCACUGACAGCAUGGAAGAUUUUUAUCCCAGUAAGAAUCAUGGGCCUGACUCUGGAAUUGGUAGUGACAAUGGUGACAAGAGGCUGUCUACUACAGAGCCCUCAGACGACGACACCGUCAGCCUCCACUCACAGGUCUCAGAGACGGCCCGCGCCGACGCUCUGUCCCUGCUCUCCAAAAUGGACUCCUGCAAAGAUCAGGAUCUGUAUGACUUUAUAGAGCCCAACCCCGACGAGGAUCCUGCUCUGUUAGAGAAUGACGGGCAGCAAAGCAGCCAUGUGUCUUGUAUAAAGGAGCUGGAGAAAGUUUUAAACAUGUCCCAACAAUGUAAAGAUAAAGACAGCUGGAAGGAGGAGUCCGGUUCUGAUAAGGACCAGCUUGCUGAGGAAGAGGAUGAUGAGCUGAAAGAAGUGCUGGAUCUGAGGAAGAUCGCUGUGCAGCUUCUGCAGCAGGAACAGCAGAACAGACGACGGUCCUUAAUUUGCAGAGCAGAGAGUUUGAUCCACCGGCGGAGGGUGACUGGCAGGGCACACAGGUUUCUGAGUCACUCAGGGAGCUCCAGCAGCAAACCGAGGCCCCCACCUCAGGCUGCUCGAAGCGCCUCUCUGGAUGAAGGAAGUAGCGGCGCUUCAGUGCUGAGUGGGCAGCCUUCCUCCUCCUGCUCCUUUGAUGGGAGCUUGAAAUCAGAACAGUCAGACUGCGAUCCAAAGUGGCCCGAAGUUCCUCCCGUCCUCAACCAGAACGAAGACCGCAGGCGGAACAAGUACCUGAGGAAGGACUACCUGAAGUACAAGUGUCAGAGCGCUCGUAAAAAUUCCAGCGGUAAUGAAGACUGUGAGGAGGGUUUGCGCAACGCUGAUUUCAGCACCACGUUGACAGUGUUUGGACUCAAACCAAGAUCAGCCUUCACUCGUGGAACCCGUCAGGACAUCAGCUCGACAGAUCCCAGCUUCACCAUGAGGAGGAAGAUGGAGCAUUUGAGAGAGGAAAUGGAGCAGAUUGGCCUUCUACGGCAGAACAUUGAGUCCCGACUGAAGGUCCUCCUCCCAGAUGAUGUUGGUGCGGCGCUGAUGGAUGGAGUGGUCCUCUGCCAUCUAGCCAAUCACAUUUGUCCCCGAUCUGUUGCCAGCAUUCACGUGCCGUCACCUGCAGUACCAAAGCUAAGCAUGGCAAAAUGCCGCAGGAAUGUUGAAAACUUCCUGGAAGCGUGCAAGAAGCUUGGAGUUUCACAGGACAAACUAUGUCUGCCGCAUCACAUCUUAGAGGAGCGAGGUCUGGUAAAGGUCGGCGUGACCGUCCAGGCUCUGCUGGACCUGCCCACGCCUAAGUCCACUCACUUGUCCUCUGUUUGACCCUGGAGAGUAAAUGCUGCUCAUAUCCUGCAGUGAUCAGCCCACAUCCACACUCCCAGGGACUUAGGACCCCUGUAUUUGGGGCGAGGACUCAGUGGCUUGUGGCUUUGUAAUGGUCUGCUUCUGCCUGACUGAGAAAGGAGACGGGAUUACGCAAAAUUUCUCCUUAAAUGAAGUCGGUCGGCAACCGGCUCCAGUCCAACGCAUUAUCACAUGUUCCUUGUUCCCCGUUUCUGGGCUGAGAGUGGAUUUGUAACGUGACGGCGAGAUUCCUCAGCUGCACUGCUAACCUGGAUGCAAAGACGGAUGUGACAAUGGGUUAAUCAGAAGACCUUUACCUCCCUCUCAGCUGUUACCACGAACUCUGCAAGUGCCACUUCAGAUUGGACAUCCACGCUGUUAUAGCACGGCGUGGCAAAGAAAUAAGACAUAACUCACUGUUUCACUUGAGACAUUUUUAUUUUUUUUAUUUUUUAACGAAAUGUUUCAUUGGUUUCCUUAGUUAUUUAUUGUAUUUUUGCCAUGUUCUUAUGUCUUAAACCCUGAGUCAGGGAAAUAGCUGCCAUGAAUUUUGGACUCUACUUUUUCUUUCUGAGUUCAAGCUCAAGUUCCAGUAGGAUUUGGUGCUGUUCUGUAGAAAACCAACAACAAAUGCUGAAGUUCUGAUUCAUUUCAGCGUCUUUAAAUGGCUGCAAAAGCCAUAAAUUAUUUUGUACUGGAGCUACAGUGCUUAGUGUAUCCAUACACCUUUUUCCACAAUUUGUCCUCAACAAACCUCUUUAUAUUUUAUUGGGUAUUUAUGAGAUGGACCAAAAUGCACCAAAGUAAGGCAUAAUUUUGAGUUGGACAGAAACUAAUAGAUAGUUUUUAAAAUGUUUGACAAGAAAAAAAAUCUCAUUUUGAUGUUGCAAUGAUAUUUUUUGCUGUAUUUCAAUUGAUCCUUACCAGCUUUUUGCUCAGGGUUUUGUGCAGACGUAACUUUAAAACUUUGGAUAUUUUUUAGAACCUGACUGCUUUAAAGCCUCUCCACCUCUCCGCUGACCUGUCUGCUGUGCUCCUGGUUCUCCAUGAUGCUGCUCCAUCUCUAAUGGUCUCCAACAAACCCAUGAGGUUUUCACAGAGCAGCUAAAUUUAUACUGAAAUUAAAUUAAACCCAUACGGACUCUGUCCACUGGAUUUUGCUUAGGACUAUCGUGAUUAAAUACAGCAUGAAGUCUGAAGUUUUCUUUUUAC